UCAGCCCAUGAAGCCCGACUAGUAUCCUCUACAGACCACAUGCCACAGUCCACACACGCACUUGUACAGUGCGAUACGCUACCCGAAAAGGAAAAAGUCACUGAGCUCAGGCUCAGCCGAACUGACGCCAUUAAAACCAUGGCCACCGUGCCGUCGCCGCCGCCGUCCCCGUCGCCGCGUCCUCCCCCGCGCACCGCCUUCUCGCCUCGCUGCACCGCCCUUCAGAACCCAUCGGCCUACAUGUACCACUGCCAGCUUCUUAACGGCGCGCCCCAGGGGUAUGCGUCGCCGCGCCACGCGCGCGCGCGGCCCCCUCGGGAGCGGGAGCUGGACCUCGCCGCUUCCUACGCGCGUGAGAUCGGCGCCUGCGUCCGCGAGCGGCGCUGGGGCGCAGCGUGCGAGGCGUUUGCGUCCAUGCGCACCGCGGGAGCCGCGCCAGACAGGUUCCUCCUCCCGCAGGUGCUCCGCGCUUGCGCCGGCCUUGGUGCGCCCCGCCUUGCGUCCGCCGCGCACGCGCUCGCCGCCAAGGGCGGGGCUGCGCUAGCGGGGGACCCCGUCGUCGGGAACGCGAUCGUCGCCAUGUAUGCGGCGCUGGGGGACGUGGCCUCCGCGCGCGCCGCGUUCGCGUCGCUGCCCGACCGCGACGUCGUGGCGUGGACCGCACUCAUCAGCGCGCACGCCGACGCUGGGGAGCUGGAAGAGGCCUUCGACCUGUUUGAAGAGAUGCAAGAAAGCGGCGUUCGCCCGGACGUGAUUUCAUGGAACACGCUGGUGUCUGGAUUUGCAAGAAGUGGUGACCUCGUUGCUGCUCUGCAUCUGUUUGACGAGAUGCGGCAAAGAGGUGUCGACCCGGGAGUCAAUUCUUGGAACUGCAUCAUCUCGGGUUGUGUGCAGAAUGCACUGUAUGACGAGGCUUUGGAGUUUUUUCUGGAGAUGUGUGAGAGUGAGAGGCCUGAUGCGGUGACUGUGGCUAGUAUUCUCCCUGCUUGUGCUGGCUUGCAGGCACUAGGCAUUGGAAAGCAGCUGCAUUCUUAUGUUUUGCGGUGUGGAAUCAAGAUCAAUGUUUAUGUUGGAGCAUCUCUGAUUGCCUUGUACUCUGAGUGUGGAGAAUUUGAUGAUGCGAGAGUUGUUUUUUCCACCAUUCAGGAGAAGAAUGUCAAUGUGUGGAAUGAGUUAGUUCAAUCAUAUAUCAGAGAGGGGAGCAUGGACAAAGCUUGGGAGGCUUUUGACUUGAUGCAGGAGGAUGGAUUGGAGCCUGACAUUGUCACCUAUAACAGUUUCAUUGCUGCAUAUGCUAAAGUGGGUCAGAAUGAACAAGCAUAUGAACUGUUUUCACGCAUGGCUGAUGUUGGCUUAAAGCCAAAUGUGGUCUCAAUGAAUGCAUUAAUUUGUGGUUUGCAUCGACAUGGCCUUUACACAGAUGCACUUGAAGCUUUUAGAUACAUGCAGCGUUCCAGUGACGGAAAAUCAAAGGGUUGGGCAUUUCUUGAUAAUUGUGACCCAAUUCAACCAACUGGCACAACCAUUACUGGUGUCCUUUCAUUAUUGGCAGACCUCAAGUUAGAUCGUCUCGGGAAGGAAGUACACUGCUACGCUUUAAAGAAUGGUUUGGCAUCAAACAUCUAUAUUUCAAGCAAACUAGUCGACCUUUAUGGUAAGAUUGGUGACAUGACGUCUGCUGCUAAUGUCUUCCAGAAAAUUGGGAACAAGAAUGUUGUCACAUGGAACAGUCUGAUGGCAGCCUACAAGCAUAAUAGGAUGCCAGAAGUAACACUGAAGCUGCUCGGUGAAAUGUUCCAGUCCAAUUUGCAUCCCAAUUUGGUUACAGUACACAUAGCUCUUAUGUCGUGUGGUGUGACAAUGGCAUUGGGAUACGGUAGAGAACUGCACAGCUACAUCACAAAAUGCUGGCCUGGUGGUUACCCAACUACUCUUGCAAGUGCUUUGAUAAAUAUGUAUGGCAAAUGUGGUAAUAUUGAGGAUGCCAGGUUGGUUUUCAAGUCCACGGUUCCAAAGGACAUAGCAGUAUGGAAUGCAAUGAUGAGUUGCUACUUGCUUCAUAGGAUGCCUAUGGAUAUUAUAGAUCUGUUCAAUUAUUUGGAACAGUCUGGUAUUCAACCAGACCACAUUACUUUCAUUUUACUUCUUUCAGCUUGUAAGCAAGAAGGUCUGUUUGAGGAAGCUCAGAGCUAUUUCUACAAUAUGGAAGAUGUAUAUGGCAUAAAACCAUCUUUAAAACACUAUACUUGCAUGGUUGACAUCAUGGGAUCAGCCGGGCUACUGGCGGAGUCACUGACACUUAUCCAGAAGAUGCCGCUGAAACCAGAUGCAUGCCUAUGGUCUACUGUGCUUAAAGCUUGUAAGCUGCACUCAAAUCUAGAGAUUGGGGAAAAGGCAGCAAAAGCUCUUUUCGAGCUUGAACCACAUAAUCCUUCAAACUACAUGGUGCUUUCGAAUAUAUAUGCAGACACAGGCUUGUUGGAUGCCAGCGAGGCUGUGAGGGAUGCCAUGACAGAGCAAGGGUUACAUGUUGAUAGACAAUGCAGCUGGUUAUACAAUGGUACAACUGUGCACUCUUUUGAGGCUGGAAAUUUGUCACAUCCUGCAAUUGAUGCAAUUUUGAGUACAUGGAAACAUUUAACUGUCAGGAUGGAGCAAUCUAGGUACUCCACUGAAGAUAUUGGCCCCUAUUACAAUGUAGAAGUUGACCCACUGUCAUGCCACCACACAGAGAAGAUUGCGGUGUGUUAUGGGCUCAUCUCCACAUAUGAUCACCAACCGAUACGCAUCUCAAAGAAUUUUAGAAUGUGCAUGGAGUGCCAUUCAUCCAUCAAGUUCAUCUCAAGGGAUAUGAACCGGGAAAUAAUCGUUUCAGAUGGUUGCACCUAUCACCAUUUUAAGGAUGGUACAUGCAGCUGCAGAGAUGCAUGGUAAAAGAAGGGAACUGACUAAAAUUGUGGAUCGUGUAUGCCAUGAAAAUUGUGUUUAGGUACACCAAUAUCUGCCUGGUGACAUUUGCACACUUGCACUAUCAGUUAUGGCCGGUAUCAACAAUCAAUGUCACCAUCUUGAACCAUUCAACAUUUCCGUGUAUAUCUAGUUUGCUCUCCUGGGAGCCAGGGCAACAGAUAUGACCAGCUUCAUGUGAGAAUCUGGAGCUUUUUACUGUGAAAUACUGAUUUUUGCAGUAUAUUUCCGCAAAUUUGCAAGAGACAAAGGCUAUAGUAACAAUCUAACAAUCAAGACUGGACAAGGUUCCUCACGAGAUCCAAUCAGAGGCCAAGUAUUAAAAUUAUUUCAUAUGUUAGCUAUCAAGUAAUUAAUUUUACUAAUAUUUUGGGUGUAAAUCAAGCUCAAUGCCUCAUUGAUUAGAGUUAUGCACUUGUAGUCAAUUAUCAACACAUAUAUAUUUGAAGGUUCCAGUUACCCUGUUGUAAUACAAAUGUAUAAAUAGGUUGUUCUAACAAGCUCUAAGUUCUAUGACCUUGCAUGCACAUUUUAAUUGGAAUUUCAGUAAAAUUUGGAUUGUGAUCACCCGCUUUUGGUACAAGAUUCCUAUUAAAGAGAUUAUCUGAUAAA